AGUUGCAGCUGUUGAUGGAAAAACAGUGGUUGCAGCAGUUACUGCUUGGGGCAGCACGGAUCCUCCUAUUACCCCUACAGAAACCGCAUUAGGAUAAGCUGUCUAUUGUGCGAUUCUGUGCCGCAUCAGUAAGUUUUCAGGAAAGUGGCCAGCGCUGGGCAGGCAUGAGGUGAAACACCACCAGCAGUCAGCAUCCAGUGAGAGUUUGCAAAGCUUCCGGUUGCACCGUGGAAGGGGAGGAGACUCCUAGAACCAGACGCUGGCGCCUACGCGCAAAGAUGUCAAACUAACCGGCCUGUAGUUACCCGGAUGAUUUUUGGAUCCUUUUUAAAUAAUGGCACUACCUGUGCUAUACGCCAAUCCUUCGGUACCAUGCCAGAUCUAAUUGAACUAUUGAAAAUCAAGUAUACGGGUCUUGCUAGUUGUGACCUAAGCUCCAUAAGAACCCUCGGAUGAAGUCCUUCCGGGCCAGUAGAAUAGUCAGGACCGUCAGAUAAACAAGAAGAGACAGAGAAGGUAUAAGAUCUGCGAUCGAGGAGUGCAGAUAUGGGCGUGUCUACCUCACGUAACGAGCAAUGUCGACCUCGUCAGUCACCAAUUAAUAUUAAUACCAAAAAAGUAAAGUAUGAUUCUGCCUUGAAGCCACUGUACAUCUACUAUGACCCCAAGACAUCACGAAGACUUGUUAAUGUGGGUCAUUGUUUUAAUGUGGAGUUUGAAGACACACAUGAUACAUCAGUACUGAGUGAUGGGCCAUUAACUGGGUAUUAUCGCUUACGUCAGUUCCAUUUUCACUGGGGAUCCACAGACAGACAUGGCUCUGAGCAUGUAGUUGAUGGAAAGACAUACCCUGCUGAGCUGCAUAUAGUCCACUGGAAAGCGCAGAGGUACCCGACCUUUGAUGAGGCAACGAAACAUCCUGAUGGCUUGGCUGUAAUAGGCGUGCUAUUACAGAUUGGAGAUGCAAAUUCUGAAAUCCAAAAUAUUAUUGAUAAUUUGGACAAAGUGAAAACAAAGGAUAAAGAAUGUCCACUCACACGAUUCGAUCUCAUGAAUUUGCUGCCCAAGGACAGAAACUACUGGACAUACCUGGGAUCACUAACAACAAGCCCUUACCUAGAAUGUGUCACCUGGAUUAUCCUUCAGGAACCCAUACCUAUUAGCUCAGAGCAGCUGACGCAUUUUCGGGGUUUGUGUUGCACAUCAGAGAAUGAAGUUCCGGACUUUAUAUUAGACAACCACAGGGCUCUCCAGCCCCUAGAAGCCAGAGUUGUCAGAUCAUCCUGCAAAUAUAGGAAACCAUAACUCUACCUCAUAUAUGUGACAGCAGCCAUAUAAACCUGAUCAGCCAAUAUACCUUCACUGGAUAACACUGUAUGUACUGUGAACUCUGCUGGUUCCUGUCACACCAGCGGCUCUUCUUAUUUUCCAUUUUCUUUUACAGGUGCUCUUUCUCUCAGUCGUGUACAAUCCUGACUGCACAAACCCUCUGUAUCACCCACAUGGGCAUUGUCAAACCUCGUGCUCUAUUCAUAUAUGAGAAUGAAUAGUCAUAGUUGAUAAUAUUGAGAGAAAAUAUCCCGCACCUGAACUGCUGAUAAUUAAUUUUAGUGUUGGGGAUUAUAUGUUGAAUUCUUAAUGUACAUAACAUAUGUGCAUAAAAACAUUGGUGCUACCCACUAAUCCAAAAGGAUACAGAAGAAAAGAAUUGCAGUGGGGAUCAGUUUGUUUGGGUGCACUUAAUCCCACUUAUAAGUAUAUGUCUGUGAUGUUUAUUGAAUUUCAUAAAUUGAUUGCUGAAUAUAUAUUUUCAACCAUAAGUUACCAAUACCCACGUGGAAUACUUCCUCUAGUUUAAUUUCACAUGCAGUAUUAUUAUGGCCUAAGUAUUUGACCAUACAAAGCGAAAUAUUUAAAAACAAUAUAGAGAUAGAAAAACGUGAAGAAAAGAAAAUCUUUAUUAGACAGAUUUCUGUCUUGUGUACAAAAUAAAAAUAUUGUUAAAACCAAA